AUGCGUGAAUAUGCAGAAGGAGCUUGGUCUGCCGUUUUGGAUAUUCAACGCGUGACAACAGCUGUUGGAAAACUUCUUGGUGAAGAAAAGGUGGAUGCAAUCUUGUGUGUAGCAGGAGGAUGGGCUGGAGGCAGCGCCAAAGCUAAAUCUUUAUACAAAAACUGUGAUCUGAUGUGGAAGCAGAGCGUUUGGACAUCCACUAUUUCCAGCCAUCUAGCCACAAAACAUCUGAAAGAAGGCGGCAUCUUGACUUUGACAGGAGCUCAAGCUGCUUUAUCUGGAACUCCAGGGAUGAUUGGCUAUGGCAUGGCCAAAGGAGCAGUGCAUCAGCUUUGUCAGAGUUUAGCUGGUGCCAAUAGUGGCUUGCCAUCUGGUUCUGCUGCUGUUGCCGUUUUACCGGUUACCUUAGAUACACCAGCAAACAGGAAAUCAAUGCCUGAUGCAGAUUUCAGCUCCUGGACACCCUUAGAAUUCAUUGCUGAAACAUUUUAUGACUGGGUAACAGGAAAGAGUCGACCAAACUCGGGGAGUCUAAUCCAGGUGAUAACUACAGGAGGGAAGACUGAACUAGUUGCAGCACAUCUUUGAUGUCAGUCACUUAAGACAGUGGAACUCCAGCAAAGGAGAAGCUAUGGAAAAUCUGUCUGCCACUAUAAUUGGAUGAUAUUCUGUAUCCAGUGAUUGUCGUUAUGUCAUUAAUGGAACCAGUUUUCAAAUAAUAUUUCUGUGCUGUCAGUUGUGUGCUAUCAGCAUUCGUUUACCAAUAUGUAUCAAGUAUUUGUCUCUAAAUGAAGGUUGCAGGCUUUAAAGUCUGUAGAUGUCCUAAUUCUGAGCAUUUUAUGUCAACUUACCCAUUUU